AACAAAGCGGUGUGCCUUCCAAGACAAUAGCGCGAACCAGGUGGUGACUAUCCGUUGUGUUUCUAAUUUGAUUUUGAAGGUGCAGUCAAGAUCCAUCAAUUGGUUUUUUAUAAGUGCCCUUUGGAAGACAGAUUUUCAAUUAUUAGGCCUCAGGGAGGUUAGGUAGCCGGAAAACACUCAUUAGACGCAUUGACUUCGUAUUUGGGAUCCAUCUGGCCUCGCUCAGAAUCUUUUGCCUUCCCGAUUAGUGAAUCGAAUCGAAUUGAGCUGAAACCUAUCGAACCGUGAAGCAAAUUGGUUUUAAUCAAAACCAGGGAAAAUAGUGAAAAGUCUGACAGUUAUCAAAUAGUUUUUCAUGGUCUGAGAAAAUUCAAGUUUCCGUGGAGUGAGCGUUCGGUGCAAAAUAAAUAAUCAAUUUUCCGAAGGGCCUUUGGGUGGAAGUGCGGUUUCGUCGCAUGGAUAUGUUAUGCCUAAUGCAAUUUGCACCUGAAUUUGCAUUCAGUGUAAACAAGUGAUUAUUAACUCCAGGUGAAUGCUAGUGAUUAUUACCUACGUGAUACCGAGUUUUAUGCAGUUUGGACUAUUGUAAUCGCUUUCAGUUGUUCCAAUGGUAUAUGGAUGCACAUAGAGUAUGAAUUUUGGAUAUCAACCAUGACACGAGUGAUACUUUUCUAACCAUGAUGUAAAUUUAAAAGACCUGGAGGUCAACUGCUUCAAAAAUGAGACUGAUUCGGUACUAAAUAGUUUGUUAAUAAAAUCAGCCAAAGAAAGUCAUCCCUGGAGCAAUCAUCAACUGCCAAAAUGAAUUGCUGGUUUCGGUUAAGUUUGAAGGCUAUUUGGUUUCUUGUUAUUUUCGUUCAAGUAACAAAUUUGACUGAGGCUGCCACGAAAUUCACGAAAAAAGGACCGACUACGAAAUCUGUAUCAACGACACCACCGCCCACCACAACGACCUCCACAUCGACAGCGUAUCCAGUCAUUUGUACCGAAGGAGUUCGAAUCCACAAAAAUGGAAAUCAGGGCGGUGGUAACAUCACCGAACCUGUGGAAAUUAUCGACGAUUUGGUGCAUUGGAUUGAUGGGGAUGUCUUCAUUUCGAUUAUCACACGAGAUCCAAUUACGGCGAUGUUCGUAGUGAAUCGCAUCAAUCAAGUGAAUUUGAUAAGCAACAGCUUUGAUAUCGGAGUACGAGCCAUAGAAGUUCGCGAGUUCGAAUUCCUUGAACAAAUUCUUAUCCAAGAAGUGGAGUAUCUGAACGAUUGUGUCACAUAUCCUCUAGGAAUUUUCAUUGACAAGGAGCUGUUUGAGAGAGUGGAGGACCUCAUCCUGGACCUGGGUUAUAAUAUAUGGCCCCUCCCCUCAUCGCGAACAUUGCUAUUCGAAAAAGCCACCAGUUUGCUAUACUCAAUGCCGUGGACCAACAAAACUGCUUCGGUCGAAAUUCUGGCAGAAAAUCCUGACGACUACAACGAAUUCAUGGAAGCGGCCAGAAACCAACAUUUGUGUUUGAUGUACUUUCGAACACGCGACAACAUUUACCUCGUCAUAGGAAAUAGGCUCAUAGCGAACUUCAAGGAGAACGGGACCAUAUUUGUGAUACCCACAGGAAGGACAGACAAGUCAUUCAUUGCAGACCUCCCCAGUAACUCAUACGUGCUCAUGGAGUCCGAGGUUGAAUUGCAGCCGUUAAACGAUAACAGCACGGAUACACCUCUGGACGCCCAGCUAAUGGGCAAGAAUAUCCUUUCAUCGGAGUUGUUAGCCAUGGGUGGCCCUCUCCUGCAUUUGACAAAGCGGCUAAAUGACUCUCUUCGAGCGAACUGCAACAAAACCCAAGGAGUCUUUGACUUGGAAUUAUGUGGUCAUUUUAUGAAUUUCGUCGAUGACUGGGAGGCCGACCGUCAUUCCUAUCGUCCCAAGAAUAUAACGGAUAUGUUGAAACUUCGCAGCCUGGAGCACUAUAUGACUUUUCAAAUGUUCCAGAAGGUUGUUCUCAAGAAAAAUGGCACAGAGGUUUCUGUGCAACUGCAUCCGAUUGCAAUGUUGAACUUCUUAUCGAACAUCCAGAAUGUGGUCUAUAAUAUAGUGGACGGAGGCGGGGUGGUGCAGGAGGUCAAACAUAAAUUCGGUCAAGUAUUCACGUGCCUUUAUGCGGAUGGGACUAACAAGAAAUAUCCGUUCCUGUUUGAGGGAGAGUCGGUUAUGUACUGGCGAAUUAAGCCUGAAGCUUGGGUUGCUGCGGGGCUGACGGCAUGUGUUUUAGGCGUCAUCGUCGCUAUCGCUAUUUUGAUUUUUAUUGUGAUCAGGAUUACCAUUGGGGAUGUAUUCGAGGGAAAUCCAAUGAGCACGAUAAUGCUAUUGCUUGCAUUAGUGAUUCAGUUCGGGUCGUUUGUGCCGUUCUCUAUAGAAUACGUGGCGGACCAUAAAAAUGCACAAAUCACAUUCGACGAUGCGGAUACCAUGAACACUCUGUGUGCAGUGAGAAUUUUUCUAGUGACCCUAUGCUAUUGUCUGACCUUCUCAUUGCUAUUGAGCCGGGCAAUGAUGCUCGCGUCCAUAGGAAGCGAAGGAGGCUUCUUGUCGCAUGUGAACGGGUACAUUCAAAGUGUUAUUUGCCUCUUCAGUACCCUCGUACAGAUCGGCCUAUCCACCCAACUCCUGAUUGUGAUGCACAUAGCAAAUGAAAGCGUGUCCUGUGAAAAUUUAUUUUAUGGACAUUGGCUGUGGGGGUUGUUAGCUUAUGAUUUGUUGCUCCUGAUUUUCACUGUGAUUCUAUCUCCGUUGAUAGUGCACUCGCAGCGGAACUAUAAAGAAGGAAUUCUGCUGGUGGUGGGGAGCAUUUUAAUUCUUAUAAUCUGGCUAGUGUGGAUCCCGAUGAGUGUGAUCGGGGAUGAGUGGAGGGACGCUGCCCUGCCACUUGGCGCGCAAGCUACAGGCUGGGCUAUCUUAUCGGGGAUACUAAUACCCCGGUCGUUCUUGAUAGUGCGCGGGAUUGAAAGAUCGGAUAUUGCACAAGCACUUCCAUCGUUGACUUCGUUGGCAUUCGCGCAGAAUCAAUAUGCAUCAGAACAGAGCGUAUAUGAAUGCGUUAAUCCAGCGAUGCGUCACUGUUCUUCGCGAGAAGAUGGAAUGUGUGAGAUUACUGGGCAUGUUCAGUCUCCCAGCGAAAUGCCAACCUUACCCUUAAGGGGUGGUGGAGUAACCAGUGCCGGACGUCGCCAACUGUUUGGCAAUUUACGUAAUAAUAACACAGCAAAUAUGAGACGAAGCUAUUCGAGCUCUCAGUCCUCAUUGCCACCGUCGCCAAAUAAGAUCACCAGAUUCUAAAGUACACCAAAUACCUAACUAAAAUUAUUUUAAGGAGAAAAUUCGUACCACCAAAUUAAUUCUAAAUAACAAUGAUUUACGUUAAAUUAAUUUGAUUUAUGAGAAAAUAUCAAGAUGUCGAUUUUAGUCCCCAGAAAUCAUAUUUAUUAUUGAAUUUUCAUCGUUUUAAUAUCAUAUUUCUUAGAUAAUCUUGUAUCCAGUCAUCUCUAGGUUGGAAAUCUAGUCACGAUUUGCAUAUCUUUAAGUAGAUUAAUAAAUAUUAUUUAUGCAAGUUCUUAA